CCAUCACCUCAAACAUCUACAUUACAAAACAAUAAUUCAUCAUCACCACCACCACCACCAAUGUCUGUAUCACCAAGUGGCGGUGGUGGUGGUGGACAAUCAUCCACUAAUAUGAUGAUGAAUUCAUCUGGUUUAGCGGGUUUAGCUCUUCCUCCCUCCACCACCACCACCACCACCGCAUCAUCAACGACUGGCCAAUCAUCAUCAUCAUCAAAUAAUGGUGGUGGUGGUGGCAAUACAGUUGCUGAACCAUCACCGGGUGGAAAAAAUUCCUGUACUGAAACUGUACGUGGACAAAUAUUUGAAGUUGGUCCACGUUAUACAUCAUUAGAAUAUAUUGGUGAAGGUGCUUAUGGAAUGGUUGUAUCUGCUUUCGAUAAUAAUACUAGGAAAAAAGUGGCCAUUAAAAAAAUUAGUCCAUUUGAACAUCAAACAUAUUGUCAACGAACAUUAAGAGAGAUAAAAAUUUUAACACGUUUUAGACAUGAAAAUAUAAUCGAUAUACAAGAUAUAAUCUGUGCAUCAAAUAUACAACGUAUGAAAGAUGUUUAUAUUGUACAAUGUUUAAUGGAAACAGAUUUAUAUAAAUUAUUAAAAACACAACCAUUAAGUAAUGAUCAUGUUUGUUAUUUUUUAUAUCAAAUAUUACGUGGUCUUAAAUAUAUACAUUCGGCAAAUGUUUUACAUCGAGAUUUGAAACCAUCAAAUUUAUUAUUGGAUACAACAUGUGAUUUAAAAAUAUGCGAUUUUGGUUUAGCACGUGUUGCCGAUCCAGUACAAGAUCAUACUGGUUUAUUAACUGAAUAUGUUGCAACACGUUGGUAUCGUGCACCUGAAAUUAUGCUUAAUAGUAAAGGAUAUACUAAAUCAAUUGAUAUUUGGUCAGUUGGUUGUAUAUUGGCCGAAAUGAUCUCAAAUCGACCAUUGUUUCCGGGAAAACAUUAUUUGGAUCAAUUGAAUCAUAUACUAAAUAUAUUGGGUUCACCAAGUCAAGAAGAUUUAAAUUGUAUUAUUAAUCCAAAAGCUCGACAAUAUUUACAAACAUUACAACAAAAACCGAAAACACCAUGGAUACGUUUAUUUCCUUCGGCUGAUUCAAAUGCAUUAGAUUUAUUGGAUAAAAUGUUAACAUUUAACCCGAAUAAACGAAUUACUGUUGAAGAAGCAUUGGCACAUCCAUAUUUCAGUCAAUAUUAUGAUCCAAGCGAUGAACCUGUUGCUGAAGAACCAUUCAAUCUUGAUAUGGAAUAUGAUGAUCUACCACGUGAACGAUUGAAAGAAUUAGUUUGGGAAGAAGCAACCAAUUUUCAUCAUCGUCGUUGUAAUCUUUUACAAAGAGAAAAAUGAAUUCAUUUUUGACAAAAGUGAUUUUUAUAACAAAAGUCAUCACCUUUAUAAAUAUAU